CUCCUGCUCCCGCUCCGCUCCUCUUCCCACGGACCCCCGGAGGCUCCCAUGGGGCACCCAGGCCCCCACAACCUGACCUGCGUGUCCUACAAGCACCCGAGCGUGCGGGGCGCGCUGGGGGGCGCGGGGGGCACAGCGGCCGGGGCCGUGCGCUGCCCCCCCGGCCAGUGCUGCGUGGGCAUCUGGAACCGCAGCCACGCUCUGGUGCAGGGCUGCUGGGGGGGCCGGGGGGACGCGUGUCCCUCGGCCACCUGCGCCCCCAGCCCCGCGGGACACCCCGGCAGCUCCGUGCUGCUGUGCCUGUGCCACGGCCACCUCUGCAACGGCAACGCCACCGGCACCGGCACGGCCGGGGGGCCGGGGGGGCCCCGCCAGGGCCCAGUGCCCGGCCAGGGGGGCUCCGCGGGGACCCUGUGGCUGCUGGGGGCCGCCCCCCUCCUCCUCAUCCUCCUCGUCUGCCUGGGCGGCCUCGGGCUGCGCUGGACAAGGGCCCGCCCAGGGCAGCUGCCGCGGGGGGGGCGGAGAAUCGGGGUCCCCCCGGAGCCCCCCAGCCCGGACCUGCCUGCGCUGCACUUCCUGCAGGUGCUGCAGGCGGGCCGUUUCUCGGCCGUGUGGCGGGGGUCGCUCCGCCGGCGGCCCGUGGCCAUUAAGGCGUUCGCGGCCGGGGCCGGGCGGAGGUUCCGCGCCGAACGCGCCGUUCACGCGCUGCCGCUGAUGGAGCACCAGAACGUGGCGCGGCUCCUGCACAGCCGGACCGGCGGGCCCCGGGGCCGGGCCGGGCUCCUGGUGCUGCAGCUCUACCCCGCCGGCUCCCUGCGGCACUUCCUGGGGCAGCACGUGGGGACGUGGGCGGGCAGCGUGCGCCUGGCGCUGUCGCUGGCCCGCGGCCUGGCCUUCCUGCACCAGGAGCUGUGGCGUGACGGGCUCUACAAGCCCAGCGUGGUGCACCGGGACCUGAGCAGCCAGAACGUGCUGGUGCGGGACGAUGGCACCUGCGCCAUCGGUGACUUCGGGCUGGCGCUGGCGCUGCCGCCGCGGGCCCAGGACAGCAGUGACAGCCGCCACGCCGUGGCCAUCCGCAAGGCGGGCACCCAGCGGUACCUGGCGCCCGAGAUCCUGGACGAGAGCCUGGACCUGCGGGCCUGGGGCCGGGCGCUGCGCCAGGCCGACGUCUACGCGCUGGCGCUGCUGCUCUGGGAGAUCCUGUCCCGCUGCCAGGCGCUGAGCCCCGGAGCCCCGGUGCCGCCGUUCCGGCUGGCCUACGAGGCCGAGCUGGGCUCCAGCCCCAGCGGGGCGCAGCUCCGCCGCUUGGCCGCCCACGAGAGGCGGCGGCCGCUGAUCCCCCCGGCCUGGCACCGCGCCCCCCAGCCCGGGGGGGCCCUGCCGGAGCUGCUGGAGGAUUGCUGGGACCCCGACCCCGAGGCGCGGCUCUCGGCCGAGCGGGCGCUGCAGCGGCUCCAGCGCCUGGCGGCGGGGCCGGCACCGGCACCGGCCCCGGCACCGGCCCCGGGGGAGCCCGGCCCGGGGACAGCCCCCCGAGAGGUGCGUGGGGAAACUGAGGCACGGGGCGGGGACCGGGAACCCACCGGGGAUCUGUGGGGAAACUGA